AUGUCCGGUAUUCUUCAUAUAUUUUUUCUUCCUUUUUCUUUUUUUUCUUUUUUUUUUUCUCCUUUUAAUUUUCUUCUUCUUUUUCUCAAUUUUUUUUUUCUUCUCCAUUUUCUGAUUCUUUUUUUCUUCUUUAGUUUCUUUCUUCCCGCUAUAUCUUUUAUCGCCUUUCUUUUCUUCUCCCUCUCCUUUGAUCUCUUUUUCAGUUUUCCCUACAAGUUCUUCGUUUUAUUCUCUCUUCCUAUAUCUUUCUCUCUUUUUUUUAUCCCAACUUCAUUUCUUUUCAUCCUCUUUCUUUUCAUCCUCUUAUCAAUGUCUCCAAUUUCCAUUAAUGUGACGUUUCCUUUACUCUCUCCCCCCUAUUUCUUUCUGUUUUUCACUUGUCUUCCUUUUCACUUGUCUUCCUUUUUCUUUUCACUUUCUUUUUUCUUUCGUUUUCUCUUUCGUUCUCUUUUGUUUUCAACCCUCAUAACUGUCUUCCGUUUUCUUUCUUCUCAGUUCCUUUUGUAUUUCCUUAUUCUUCUCUUCCGCUUCUACUGCGUUCUUUCUUAA